CUCGUGUGUUCGGGGGCGGGGCAGCGAGCAGCGCGUGAGAAGGGCACGCGGACUCUGCAAGCAGCCAGACUGGAUUCGGAGCUGAACGCGUCUGAUCCAUAAUUCAUUUCUAUUUCCUUCUGUGUUUAGGUUCGAAGCGGUCAGAUGUCGAAGGGCUCGGUGGUUCUGGCCUACAGCGGCGGUCUGGACACCUCCUGUAUUCUGCUGUGGCUAAAGGAGCAGGGCUAUGAAGUCAUCGCCUUCCUGGCCAAUAUUGGACAGGAUGAGGACUUUGAUGCUGCGCGGAAGAAAGCGGAGAAACUUGGAGCCAAGAAGGUGUUCAUCGAGGACCUGCGCUCGGAGUUUGUGCAGGAGUUCAUCUGGCCCGCGGUGCAGGCCAACGCCGUCUAUGAGGACCGCUACCUGCUGGGCACAUCUAUCGCCCGGCCCUGCAUCGCCCGCAGACAGGUGCAGAUCGCCCGGAGCGAAGGAGCGCAGUACGUCUCUCAUGGAGCCACAGGAAAGGGAAACGACCAGAUUCGCUUCGAGCUGACGUGUUACGCGCUCUAUCCUGAAGUGCAGAUCAUCGCUCCGUGGAGGAUCCCGGAGUUUUACAGCCGCUUCCGGGGCCGGACGGACCUGAUGGAGUACGCAGAGAAACACGGUAUUCCUGUUCCUGUCACGCCGAAGGCGCCGUGGAGCAUGGAUGCGAAUCUCAUGCACAUCAGCUAUGAAUCUGGAAUUCUGGAGAAUCCGAAGAAUCACGCACCUCAUGAUCUCUACCAGAUGACCAAGAACCCAGAAGAUUCACCCAAUGAGCCGGACGUGCUGGAGAUCCACUUCGCUAAAGGUGUUCCAGUCAAAGUCACGCAUGUGAAGGAAGGAAAGUGUAAAGAGACGCCGCUGGAGAUCUUCUGCUAUCUGAAUGAGAUCGGUGGAAAGCAUGGUGUGGGGAGAAUCGAUAUUGUGGAGAACCGCUUCAUUGGAAUGAAGUCCAGAGGUAUCUACGAAACCCCCGGAGGAACCAUCCUGCUGCACGCUCAUCUGGACAUCGAGACCUUCACGAUGGACCGAGAGGUGCGGAAGAUCAAACAGAGUCUCGGCAUCAAGUUCUCUGAGUUCAUCUAUAAUGGGUUCUGGUACAGUCCGGAGUGUGAGUUCAUCCGUCACUGCAUUGAUAAAUCUCAGGAGAACGUGGAGGGUCGUGUGCAGCUGUCUGUCUUUAAGGGUCAGGUGUACAUCCUCGGCCGAGAGUCGCCCAAAUCCCUGUACAACGAGGAGCUGGUCAGUAUGGAUGUGCAGGGCGACUACGACCCCUGCGAUGCCUCUGGAUUCAUCAGGAUCAAUGCGGUCAGGCUGCGGGAACACAACCGUCUGCAGGGAGCCGCUCAGAAGAAGUGAUUCAUGUCAUUCAAUCAGCUGUUACUGUACAUGUGACUAUCACGUUACAGCCUGUUACUGAUUAAAUCUGAUUAAAAUACACAAAACACACCAAA